CCUGGGUUUAGUAGAUGUAAACCGAAAGAAGACCGUUGUACACAUACACACUCACUCACUCACUCUCGCACGCACACACACACACACUGAUUGAUAAGCGUCUAAUCAUUAAAGCGAAAAAAUUAUCGGAAAUGUCAUUUGUAUUUGUAUGUUUACAUCUCCAACCGAGUGAUUACUGUAAAUGAAUGUCAUUCAUUUCUAACAUUCUGCAAAAACAUGUCAGGCCACGAGAGAACAUUACCUUGCUUGGAGACAUGUAAGUGUUGGCUACAGCAAGGGCAUCUGGCCGGUAAAAAUCUGCCUCAGUAAAGUCUGUUCGAUGCAUGCAAGCAUGGAAAAGUCGACGUUAAAUCGAUGAUGUGAACUGAGAUUUUCUAUCAAGUCAAUAGUUAAAAGGGAAACGUAUUUUCCUGUUACACCGCUGGAAUUUAUUGAUCCCAUUUAACGUGGCAUUCACUGUUUAUUGCUCUGUAACUUCCUAAUUCGAUUUGUGCCUCUCGAAUCUCCUGGGUGAGUUUGAGAACUUUUUAUUCAAACCCACGUAAAAGAAAACAUCAAACUAUCCAGUGUUGCCACGAAUUUUCAAACUUUCUCUUUCAUAGGUGAAGAAAUUUCGAAACAGAAAAUAUUAAAAAUAUUUUCCUGAGAAAUAUGGCUUCCUCAGAGAAGAAGGUUAUUCUUGUGACUGGAGGAUCAGGUUUGGUUGGACAAGCAAUUAAAACAGUUGUUAAUGACAAAGAAAAAGACCCUAAUGAACAAUGGAUAUUUUUAUCUUCAAAAGAUGCUGAUCUUCUAGAUAGGCAACAAACUGAAGAACUGUUUAAGAGGACUCAACCAACACAUAUUAUACAUUUAGCUGCUAUGGUUGGCGGACUCUUCAGAAACUUAAAAUACAACUUAGAUUUUUUCAGAAAAAAUACUUUAAUUAAUGAUAAUGUGCUUCACACUUCAUACAAGUAUAAUGUAAAGAAAGUUGUGUCUUGUUUGUCGACAUGUAUAUUUCCUAACAAAACAACUUAUCCAAUUGAUGAAUCUAUGAUUCACAAUGGCCCUCCACAUGAUUCCAAUUUUGGUUAUUCCUAUGCAAAACGAAUGAUUGAUGUCCAAAAUAGGGCAUACCAUCAGCAAUAUGGAUGUCAUUUUACCUCAGUAAUUCCAACAAAUGUUUAUGGACCUCAUGAUAAUUACAACCUGGAAGAUGCUCAUGUAGUACCUGGUCUGAUUCACAAAGUUUAUUUAGCCCGAAAAAACAAUACACCAGUGACAAUUUUUGGUACUGGAGCACCCCGAAGACAAUUUAUCUAUUCUUUGGAUCUGGCACAUUUGAUAGUAUGGGUCUUACGGAACUAUGAAGAAAUUGAUCCUAUCAUAUUGUCUGUUGGAGAAGAAGAUGAAGUUUCUAUCAAAGAUGUUGCUGAUAUGGUGAUAAAAUCAAUGAAUUUUACUGGAGAAGUAAUUUACGACACCAGUAUGUCAGAUGGCCAAUUCAAGAAAACAGCCAGCACCACUAAACUUAGGAAAUAUUUACCAAAUUUCAAAUUUACACCAAUUGAACAAGGUAUCAAAGAUUCCUGUGAUUGGUUUGUCCAAAACUUUGAAAGUGCACGAAAGUGAAAUGAAGUUUCAUGUAAUGACAGCAGACUGCAGUUUUUGUUGUAUAACGAAUGAAAUAGAAUUUUUUCUAAAUUUUUUUCUGUGAAUUUUAAGAUUUGGCUAAAGAAUCUACAAUGCCAAAUUUGUGAGGGGCAAAAGGAUAAGUCCAUAACUUGCUAUAUUUUUGUUGGUGUAUAAUUGAAGGAUGAGGGAUGUUUAUACAGACAAGCUUGCAUACAUUGGCUGUAUGUGAAAGAUUAUCAACAUGGGUUUUACUUUAGGAUAUAACUAACAGAGAGUAUAAUAUUCAGUGUUUAAAGAAAUAUCUCCAAAGAAGGAUUUGCAUAAAAUGAACAGAUAAUGAAAUUCAACUUUUGUAGAUUUAUCUCCAAUUUGGGAAAUAAUUUAGUUAAUAUUUUUUAGAUGUUUUAAAACCAAAAACAGCCUUUUUGUUAUCCUUACAAAAAGAAGAAUACUUAUCUUCUUUAGUGGUGUAUUUGUUUUACUUGGAAGCUUGUUGCUAAGUGAUUUAUUAAAAUAUAAAAGGUUUUUCUUAUAAUGCAAACAGAAUUUGAGGAUAAUAAUAAUAAUAAUAAUAAUAAUAAUAAUUGAUAAUAAUAAUAAUAAUAAUAAUAAUGGAAAAUUAUGAAAUCUGUGUUGAUUACUGAUGGCAUUUAAAUAGUGGUAAAAAAAACAGUGCUUGAAUUUUGGAACCUAUUUUUCAAAAUUAAACGGAUCUUUUGCAAAA